CUAGUUUCAGGGCGGUUGGAGCGGGAGCGGGAGCCGGAGCCGGGCCUUCGCUGUACUUGCCCGGUUGGGGAUGUGGGCGAGGCCGAGGCCUAGCCUCCAGGUGUUUGUGUCAGGCCCAAGCCACAGCUGGCUGCUCCUCGCCAUGUCGUGGCCCAGCUCUGGAGCCCCGCUGUCGGGAUGAGCGGCUGAGGCUCGGCCCCAUGGCCCAGGAGAAGAUGGAGCUGGAGCUCCCGCUCCCUGGCCCCGGCCCCGGCCCCGGGCCCUCGGCUUCCAGCGACGGCGGCCUCAGGAGAUCCAAUAGCGCGCCCAUGAUCAACGGCCUGAGUGACAAUGCUCAGGUUUUUCAACCAGAUGCCCUGCGCAAUCGGAGAAACAGCACCACUAUCGUGAACCGGCAUAGUCAGAUUGUUCCCUCGUCACCAGUUCGCAUUCCCAGCAGCAGGCUGCAUCAGAUUAAACAGGAAGAAGGAAUGGACCUCAUGAACAGAGAGACAGCUCAUGAGAGGGGAGUACAGGCAGCAAUGCAGAUGAGUGUUUCAUGGGAAGAGAGCUUGAACCUGAGUGAUAAUGACCUGGAUAAAUCUGCCUCGCCAAAGCGCAUUGACUUCAUUCCAGUGUCACCGGCUCCUUCACCAACGAGAGGAAUCGGGAAGCAAUGCUUCUCGCCCUCCUUGCAGAUUUUUGUGAGUAGUAAUGGGCUCCCUCCAAGCCCCACCCCUAGCCCAACAAGGAGGUUUGCCACUAGGAGGAGCCAGAGCCCAAUCAACUGCAUCAGGCCGAGUGCGCUGGGGCCUUUGAAAAGAAAAGGUGAUAUGGAGUCUGAAAGCCAACCAAAGCGACUUUUCCAAGGAACUACAAAUAUGCUGACCUCUGACGCCACACAAUUGCCAGAACUUGGCUCGUGUGCGAUUCGAAGUGGUGAUCUGUUUCUCAGUCUUUCAACAGACUGCCUGGAUGGCAGCAGCAGUAAUGGCAGUUCAAGUCAGGAUUCACCAGCAAAAUCAAGUGCAGUGCGAGAAUCUCCAGUGACAACGUCUGAUUCCUGUUCGUCAUUCACUGGAGGACCUGGCCUUUCACCAAAGUGACUCUGCCUAUCCUAAAGGAAUGUUGGAAACAGAGUCUACAUCAAAUAUAACCUGGUGUAAACAUGUGGUGCCAUUAAUAUGUAAUUGUGUAGAAGAAUGUCAGUGUUAAUGAACUGGUUGUUGUAAUUCUGAGAAAUAUUUUCUCCCUUUUUAAUUUUUUUCCCGUGAAAUUUUUCAUUUAUUUUUUGCACCAACUUGGAAUCUUGAGAAUUUCUGAAACAUCUCCUGCCAGAAUUAUAAGGUUUUGACUUUUAGUUCUACUUUCAUAAGCAGAUUCUGAAUGCAGCACAGGUUUAUCCUUUUCAGAUACUUAUGGGCUUUACUUUCUAUGAAUAGCACUAAACAGAAAUGGUUCUUGACUUGAAUUUAUUUUUAAGCUGUUGUUAAAUAGAUUGCGCUUGGCUUAAGCAAGUGCAAAUGUUAACAGCAAGCAAAGCAGCCUUGAGCCGGGUGCUAAUAGUUUUGCUGUAAUGGGAGAGGUGGGAGUAUGGUUUGAAAGCACUCUUGACUUCCAUUAGUCCUUUUGUACAGAUUUUGUUAUUUUAGUUAUUUCUUUAUUGAAUGAUUUUUGUAGAAGCACCUUUCACAGAGUCUCACAGUUACCUGUAUAAUCAGGGUACCUGUGGAGUUAUUAACAAACAUGUGCAUAGUGUAACAUACCUGAAGGGAGACAUUGGUCUAAUUUAAUAUCGUGUUUCAUAACUCUCCAAGCCACCAUCACAACAUGACUUGUGUAUAAUCCACAGAUUCCUAUAAAGAAUUUCACUGGCUUCUGGGAAAAUAUUUUUAGUUAUAUAGAGCUGUUUGUUGUUUUCCCACAAACUUUUUUUGUGUGUUAUUAACUUUUUCUUGCCAUGUGUUGUGAUAGAAUGUUGUGUAAACGUGUUUAAUUUUUUUUGUGUGUUGUUAUUGUUGGAUUUACAUCUGACUUGCCAGGACACAGAACUGUCUCCUGCUUAACAAAAUCCUUAUUUUUCCAUCUGUGUGCGAAAAAGAAAUCAGGCAUCAGAAUGAGGAGGAACUGAUGAGUGUUUGGUUCUGAAAUACUGUAUCGAAUGAAAAUAUAUAUUGUAUAUAUAAAAGAAUUCUGCAGCAUCA